GAGCUCUUCGGUUAGGAUUACCUUAAAUGUUACUGGUUAUGGCCAUUUCCUGGGCAGCCGGAUAAUUCGAUAAUGAUGAUGAAGGACAGCAGUGCAGAGAUCCUGAAGCCCCAGAUGCAGGAAAGCAGUGCAGAGAUCCUGAAGCCCCAGAUGCAGGACAGCAGUGCAGAGAUCCUGAAGCCCCAGAUGCAGGACAGCAGUGCAGGGAUCCUGAAGCCCCAGAUGCAGGACAGCAGUGCAGAGAUCCUGAAGCCCCAAAUGCAGGACAGCAGUGCAGAGAUCCUGAAGCCCCAGAUGCAGGACAGCAGUGCAGGGAUCCUGAAGCCCCAGAUGCAGGACAGCAGUGCAGAGAUCCUGAAGCCCCAGAUGCAGGACAGCAGUGCAGGGAUCCUGACGCCCCAGAUGCAGGACAGCAGUGCAGAGAUCCUGACGCCCCAGAUGCAGGACAGCAGUGCAAGGAUCCUGAAGCCCCAGAUGCAGGACAGCAGUGCAGAGAUCCUGAAGCCCCAGAUGCAGGACAGCAGUGCAGAGAUCCUGACGCCCCAGAUGCAGGACAGCAGUGCAGAGAUCCUGAAGCCCCAGAUGCAGGACAGCAGUGCAGAGAUCCUGAAGCCCCCGGUAGCAUCACCUGAUGAUUGCUGGUGGCGGGACAGCGGGGAGCAAAACAAAAGACUUUAAUCUGUAAUGGGCAGUAAUUUGUAUAGGUUUUGACUGCAAGCUAAUUGCUUGAUCAUUUAUGAUGGCACAAUAUAAUUAAACUGGGACUCCCAAUGAUCUUUGGAAUUCUUUCCCAGGGAGCUGACACUGAAAUUAUGGGAUUUAUUUGAAUGUCAGCAUGAGACCGACUUUCGUAACCAUGUUGUUAAAAGCCAGUACUGUCCAUCAAGAAAUAAACCAGAGGUUA